GCUGUGUGUCUACUCGUGCUCGGCAUGGCCGGAUCCGGAAAGACCACCUUCGUUCAGAGAUUGACGGCUCACCUUCACGCUCUCGGACAGCCCCCGUACCUCAUCAACCUGGACCCCGCCGUACACGACAUCCCCUUCCCCGCAAACAUUGAUGUCCGGGACACUGUCAACUACAAAGAAGUGAUGAAGCAGUACGGCCUGGGACCCAAUGGCGCCAUCGUCACUUCGCUCAACCUCUUCGCCACUCGCUUUGAUCAGGUGAUGCACUUCUUGGAGAAGAAACAGCACAAUCACAGGUACGUCCUCAUCGACACGCCAGGUCAGAUCGAAGUGUUCACGUGGUCGGCGUCUGGCGGCAUCAUCACAGAAGCCCUGGCGUCAUCCUUCCCCUGCGUGGCGGUCUACGUGGUGGACACGUCUCGCAGCGUCAAUCCUGUUACCUUCAUGUCCAACAUGCUGUACGCCUGCAGUAUCCUCUACAAGACCAAACUGCCCUUCGUCGUGGUGAUGAAUAAAACGGACAUCAUCGAGGAAAGCUUCGCGGUGGAGUGGAUGAACGACUUUGAAGCUUUCCAGGAUGCCCUGAACCAUGAGCGCUCUUACGUCAGCAACCUGACCCGAUCCAUGAGUCUGGUGCUGGAUGAGUUUUACUCCGACCUGAGGGUGGUGGGUGUGUCCUCAGUGACAGGCCGCGGAUUGGACGAGCUGCUGGUCAAGUUGCAGGAUGCUGCAGAUGAGUACCAUAGGGAUUAUCAACCAGAAUACCAACGACUACGCCGGCAACUGGCGGAGGCUGAAAGUAGAAAGCAGAAAGAGCAGUUGGAGCGACUGGGCGAGGAUCUCGGUGCCGUCCGCGUGACACCACCUUCCGUCGCAGAAAGAGUUGAGGAGGGCGGGCCCAGCGACCUGAUCAUGACCCGUGGCACCCCGGACUCAGACGAGGAGAACGAGGACGACACGGACGACGUAGACCACGAAAAAACUGAGGAGAGCAAAGAAAAGGCCGCCUUUGGAAACUUCCUGCGCGAGCGUCGUCAGGUGGUCCAGGUCCGAAAUCGCAAGUCAGCACGCAAAGGAGCGCAAAGUGGCAAGCGAAGGAAUUUUAAGGACGCUAAUGACGAGCGCCUAGAUGAGGCGCUGAGUGACAUCAUCUGGCAGAAGGACGGCUGCGCCGUGAGAAGCCCACCAGCUGCAGCGGUGGUAUACGUCAUCCUCCUCGUCUUCAUCAGCAUGAGGGGCGACAUCAGAUGUAGCUGCGUGUCAGAUUUGUUUCACCACUGA